CUGUUGCAGUAUGUUGAACAAGAGAAUCAUAUAUACGCUGCUCGGAGAGUGUUUGAUAUGUUCCUUGCUCGUUAUCCAUAUUGUUAUGGCUACUGGAAGAAGUACGCUGACAUUGAAAAACGGAACAACAAUGUGAUGGAGGCCGACGAGGUAAAUGUGACGCUAUGUAGACAUAAGAACGGAGACUGGAUGUUUGCUUAGGGCUUCUCUGGCCCCCUGUGUAAGGUCAAAGCAGGAUAAUUAUUACAGCAUUUGUCACUCAGCGUGACAUUUGUCCUAAUAUCUCCUUUCUUUGUUGACAGGUGCCUUAAAUCUCCACAGUUUGUCAAGCUGUGCAGUGCAAGCCAAUAUUACACUGCAGCUUAACAAGUAGGGCAGGGCUUUCUGUCAUUCGUUGUGUGGUGGCUUUAGUUUAAUUUUUUUGCUGGUUUACAUUUUGCUACUUGUUUAUUGAAUUUGUGGUCAGACGCUGUGAAUGAGAAUCUAAUGGGUCUGUGCCUUAUGGUCUGUACCCCAAAGCCAGCCCUCAGCUCCUGCUAAGAAUACAGCUGCACAUUGAAGAUCAAGAGACACUGCAAGUGGAGCUCAGAACAUAAGCCAUGUUCUAUCCAACCUCCACUUCAAUGGUUUAUCGUAGAGGAAUUCAGGCGGUUACCUUAAGUGUUGAUCUUUGGAUACAAUAUCUUCUGUUCUUAAAAGAAACUCUAGAUCCUUCUGACCCAGAGACCACCAACACUAUGAGAGGGACAUAUGAGCAUGCGCUCAUGUCAGCAGGUCUAGACUUUCGGUCAGAUAAGUUAUGGGAAAUGUAUAUUAACUAUGAGACCGAACAGGGAAAUCUAAGUGGAGUCACGUCAAUUUACAGUCGCCUUCUGGGAAUCCCAACUCAGCACUAUGCCCAUCAUUUUCAAAAGUUAAAAGAACACAUACAGGGUCACUUGCCAAAAGAGUUUCUCACUGCUGAAAAAUUCAUUGAGCUGCGAAAAGAGUUGGCUUCGAUAAGUCAUCACAGUGGGGCUAAAUUUGAGUGUCCCUCGGGCCUCGAGGACAUAGCUGAUCCAGCACAGCGUACAACAGAAGUGGAGAACAUGAGACAUCGAAUCAUUGAAGUUCACCAAGAAAUCUUCAGCCUCAACGAAAAUGAAGUCCACAAAAGAUGGACCUUGGAGGAGGGAAUUAAGAGACCCUAUUUUCAUGUAAAACCUUUGGAGAAGGUGCAAAUAAAUAACUGGAAGGAGUAUUUGGACUUUGAAAUUGAGAAUGGAGCCCAUGAGCGCGUGGUCAUCCUCUUUGAGAGAUGUGUCAUAGCCUGUGCAUGCUAUGAGGAGUUCUGGAUAAAGUAUGCCAAGUACAUGGAGAAUCACAGCCCUGAAGGAGCAAGACAUGUCUACAACCGAGCCUGUCAUAUCCAUCUCCUGAAGAAGCCUUUAGCUCAUUUACUAUGGGCUGCAUUUGAGGAACAACAGGGUAACGUUGAUGACGCAAGACACAUAUUAAAAACACUGGAAGAGUCUGUAGAAGGUCUAGCAACGGUUCGACUAAGAAGAGUGAAUUUAGAGCGGCGGCACGGGAAUAUGAAAGAGGCUGAGGAGCUCUUGACUGAAGCAAUGAAAAACUCUAAAGCCACACAUGAGUUAUCGUUUUAUGCAAUUAAGCUUGCCCGCUUUUAUUUCAAAAUUCAGAAAAAUGGCAUCAAGGCAAGGAAGGUGUUAAAUGAUGCCCUUCAGAAAGACAAAGAAAACAUAAAGCUGUACCUCAACUUAAUUGAUCUGGAAUUCAGCGGAGACGUGAAACAAAAUGAAAGCAACAUCUUGUUACUUUUCGAUAAAGUGAUAAAAAGCUCAAUGCCUUUGACUACAAAAAUUACCUUCUCUCAGAGAAAAGUAGAGUUCUUAGAGGAUUUUGGUUCAGACAUUAAUAGGUUGUUGACCACUUAUGAUGAGCACCAGAGGCUUUUAAGAGAGCAGGAAAUUCUGAAAAGGAAAGCUGAGAAUGGGUUAGAACAGCAGGAUGCUAAGAGAUUGCACACAGAGGAUGGUGCAGUAAUGGCUGCUGCUCCAAUGGCUGCAACUCCAAUGGUUGCUACAACCACUGCUGCAGUUCAACCAGCAUAUAAUAACUAUGCAAACUGGUACCAGCAUUACAACUACCAGAACACGUGGAACUACGGACAGUACUACCACCCUCCUUCCACAUGAUGGCCUUCUCGCUCUCCCCAGAAUCCAUUUCAAGGCAUAUUGAAAGUUGAUAUAACUUAUAAAAUGUUCUAAUUUUGUCUUUCACUAUGGGGAAAAGUUGUUUUGGCACCUGAGGGUUGUGCGGCAUAUGAGUAGACUGUAAACUAAUUUUUGGGCUGAAAUUCACAGAAAAAUGGGUUGGGGGGCCUAUUCUCAUACCCCCUCUUCACCCCUGUGUUUCCGAUUUUUCUUUUGUUGGAAGUGGUUUAGGUCCGGUAUGAUCUUUUCUUUUUGUAUUUUCUGCUCCUGACUUUUGUACCAUUUUUAAGACCUAAUCCAAUCACUUUGCUUUUAAAUACUGGCGUGUUUUUUUUUUUUGCGAAGAAAAGUAUUUAAAAAGGGACAUGUACCAGAUAAAGGGUGUGGCUGUGUUGGAUCAAUCUCUAGCAGGUAAUGGACGCACGACGUGGUGCAAACAGUAAUUUAAUUUUAUUUCGGUUAUCCGAUUUUUUUUGAGAUGUUCAUGUUUGUAUUCAUCUGUACGUACUUUCUCUAUCACAUUUUGCUGUUAAUAAAAUGUUGGCAAAGUCAUGACCUUAACUUUUUUCUCCCUCCCCCCCCCCCCCCCUUUCCUUAAAGUACUGUAUAUAUUAAAUCAGAUUAAGAAUU